AUGGACAGUUGGACGGACGGACAGUUGGACGGACGGACGGACGGACAGUUGGACGGACGGACAGUUGGACGGACGGACAGUUGGACGGACGGACAGUUGGACGGACGGACAGUUGGACGGACGGACAGUUGGACGGACGGACAGUUGGACGGACGGACAGUUGGACGGACGGACAGUUGGACGGACGGACAGUUGGACGGACGGACAUUGUACGGACAGUUGUACGGACAGUUGUACGGACAGUUGUACGGACAGUUGUACGGACAGUUGUACGGACAGUUGUACGGACAGUUGUACGGACAGUUGUACGGACAGUUGUACGGACAGUUGGACAGUUGGACAUUGUACGGACAGUUGUACGGACAGUUGUACGGACAGUUGUACGGACAGUUGUACGGACAGUUGUACGGACAGUUGUACGGACACUUUUCCUCCAUCUCUGUGUCAGUAGGUAAGGGUAAUGUCCUGUAUGACUCCCUGCCCCUCUCUGUGUCAGUAGGUAAAGGUCAUGUCCUGUAUGACUCCCUGCCCCUCUCUGUGUCAGUAGGUAAGGGUCAUGUCCUGUAUGACUCCCUGCCCCUCUGUGUCAUGUGCCAUGUCCUGUAUGACUCCCUGCCCCCAGGUGAGCUGCAGGAGCACAUGGAGCAGGAGAUGGGCAGACUGACACAGUUACAAAUCAGUACUAAUUCAGUGCAGAGGAACCAUCCAUUAGGAGCUACUAAGACCCUCUCACUAUCUCUGCACAUUAAAUGUGAGGGUGGGUCCCCCACCUCUCUCUCCUGCCCUCCUGAAGAGCCCCACACAGACAGAUACCAGACGUUUCUGCGUGUGAGGACAAACAGACAUGCAAGACUGAAUGUCGAUGAUUGGUGCUACGCCAAACCCGCUCCUUUAAGUCCCCACAACAGAAGUCAUCUAACCGCAGACUGCAAAAUAAUUGGCAGGAUCGGCAAGCUGAAGAGGAGGAGUCCUUACGUGGGCCAGGACAUUUUGUUGGACCUGGGGGGGGAGGAGUGGGGUGAGCGGAGGAGAAUACGGAUGACAUCCAUACUGGGAGGGUGUGAAGGGUCGGUGUUUGUGAGCAGCAGCACGUCUAAGGAAGGCCGUGGUGACCGUGACCCUGACCGUGACCUUGACUGUGACCCUGACCGUGACCUUGACUGUGACCGUGACCGUGACCCUGACCACGACCGUGACCCUGACCACGACCGUGACGCUGACCGUGACCGUGACCCUGACCGUGACGCUGACCGCGACCGUGACGCUGACCUGGACGUGAAUGGAGAUGACACUCUGCAGUAUGGAAGAGUACAAUGUAUGGAGGCAUACAUCCCCUGUUCAGGGAAGGAUCCUGGGGUGGUGGAGGAGAGGGAAGCACUGAGGGGGGCGCAAUGUCUGCAUUAA